AUGCCUCUCCAAAAGCUCUCAGCACUCAUUGAUGCCAUCUGCAAUUUUGUCAUUUGCAAUGACUCCUCCCUCCGCAGCCAGCCGAUCAUCUUCAAUCCUGACUUCUUUGUGGAAAAGCUGCGCCAUGAAAAACCAGAGGUGUUCACAGAGCUUGUUGUCAGCAACAUUACCAGGCUCAUUGACUUGCCUGGGGCAGAGCUGGCCCAGCUAAUGGGAGAGGAGGACCCAAAGCUGCCUGGGGCGAACAGCACAGCCUCUGGAUUUUUUCGUUCUCUGAUGUCUCUGAAGCGCAAGGAGAAAGGGGUGGUGUUUGGCUCACCGCUGACGGAAGAAGGCAUUGCACAGGUUUCCCAGCUAAUCGAGUAUCUGCACAAAAAUCUAAGAGCAGAAGGCUUGUUUCGGGUGCCAGGCAACAGCAUCAGGCAACAGAUCCUAAAGGAUGCUCUGAACAGUGGUACAGAUAUUGACCUGGACUCUGGGGAGUUUCAUUCCAACGAUGUGGCCACCCUGCUUAAGAUGUUCCUGGGUGAAUUACCAGAGCCGCUGCUGACACAUAAGCACUUCCAUGCCCACCUCAAAAUUGCGGACUUGACGCUGUUUGAUGAGAAGGGGAAUAAGACCAGCACUCCAGACAAAGAGCGCCAAAUUGAAGCCCUCCAGCUGCUGUUUUUGAUCCUUCCCGCACCCAACCGUAGUCUGCUCAAACUGCUGCUGGACUUGCUCUACCAGACCGCCAAGAAGCAGGACAAGAACAAGAUGUCUGCCCACAAUCUUGCCCUCAUGUUUGCACCCCACAUCCUAUGGCCCAGAAAUGUGACAGCAAAUGACCUUCAGGAGAAUAUCACGAAGCUGAACAAUGGAGUGACUUUCAUGAUCAAACACUCUCAGAAACUCUUCAAGGCCCCAGCGUACAUCCGGGAGUGUGCCAGGCUGCACUAUCUGGGAUCCAGAGCCCACACAUCAAAGGACGACCUGGAUUUGCUGACGUCUCCUGGCUCCAAGGAGCUGCAGCCCCUCAAAUCUCAGAAGCGAAGCCGGCUGGACACUUGCCAUCAGGAGGAGACCCAGCAGCGCACGGAGGAGGCACUGAAGGAGCUCUUCCGCCACGUCCACAAUAUGCCUGACUCUGCAAAGAAGAAGAAGCUUAUCCGGCAGUUUAAUAAGCAUCCUACAGCUCUCACUCCUGGCUCUGAUGUACCCACAUCCCCAGCGCCGCGACGCACCCGCUCGCGCUCCUUCAGCGGUCUCAUUAAGCGGAAGGUUUUGGGAACCCCGGUUAUCCUGCAGAGGAAGAGCAGGGAUGCCACACCGGAGCCUGAGCGAGUCAGCAAAGAGAAUGUCCACCUGUUACAGAAAUGUGGAUCUCCAGCUCACAUGUCUCAAGCAAAGCUGAAAUCUUCGGAGGGCCGGAAAGAGGAAUCCUGUAGACGCAUGCGAGCCCACCUGCUUUCCAAGGAUUCAUCGUCCCUUUGAAUUGCCUCGCACCAACGCAUGGGUGAGGAAUGCCCAGCCUGGCAAGCUGUGAAUAAUGUGCUGCACUGAGAGGGGAGUGCUGCAGGCUCACGGCAACCCUCACCAACAUGGCAGCGCUCUUGAAACUGGACCUUUGCAAAGACUGCAGGGACUUGUUUCUUUCUGUAUAUAAAUUAUAUUUCGUUCUACUAUGGGGCAAACCACUAUCUAACCAAAACUUGUGCAGCAUGUCUGACCUGCUGGCUCUGGGAAGAGCUGGAGUGCUUGCUUACAAGGAGAGCCCUGUGCAUUGCAGGGCCCUGUCUGCACUCCCAGCUUUCUCUGCAAUGUUGCUAGGCUGUAUUUUUUUUUUGCUUUUCUGCCCUGAGUUUAACACAUUGACUUGUUUUUGCUCCCUCCCCUCUGUUAGCAGUGAGAACGAUCCCUCUGUUUCAGCUUGAACUGGAGGCAGCCCUUGCUCACUGCCUUCAUGUUUCCGUGGCACAGCUCUGCCUGGUGAGCAAGGAGUGUCUCUGCUUUGUGUUCGCCCAGGGAGGCUAAGCUGAGCAGGGCAGGAGGCUGGCAAAGGCUGUCUGGGACAGGACAGCCCAGCCUUUGGAAGCUGGGUUGUCUGGACUAGGCAGGGUCUUGUGGCUGUGUGUGCACCAUAGGAACAGCAUGAGCAGCAUGAGAGGUGAGAGAGGCCUCCGGCCAUUUGUGAUCUGCUGCAAACGGUGCCAAAGGCUUUGGCUCAAGAUAUCUGGAUGGCUGGUCAGGCAACUGGCUGAUUAGUCAUUAAACCGGGGAAAAGGGUUGGAGCCGGGUUUAGCUCUUUGGCCUGAGCUGCAGAAAUGAGAUGAACCAUCUAGAUAGGGGAUAAACCCCCAUCACAGCUGGCCAGUGUCAGCUGCCUUGUUAAGCUAAAGUGCUCCAAUAAGCCAAUCUUGCCAAGUACCUGUCUGCAAGCACUCUAGGGUAGGAAACACACAGGGUCACUACUGUGAAAUAAAGAUUUAAUCAGCUGGGGAACCAUCUAAACACUUCUCAGCCCUUCUUGGUGAAGCAAAUAAUCUCUGGAAUCCAAUUAUAAUUGUCUUCUAAUCUUUAAGAACCAGCAGCUGGCAGGAGUUAGAGCUCUGUCCUUGACAGCUUUCUGAGACAACUGGUGGCAGGAGGUGUGAAUAUCAGGAUGUGAGCAGGGAGUUCAGUCUGACUGGCUAGAGCUGUCAAAACAGGGCAUUGGAGCCCUGUGCAGCUUAGCUGGAAUUUGUCACUUUUUUUACUGUGAUUUUUUUUUUUGAGAUACAAAGCUAUGUGCCUCAUGCUGCUCUGUCCAAAGGGAUGUUCAUGGUACUUUAUUGGGGGUGCCUGUCCCCAGUCUGACCCCAAAUUGGAAGAGCUGCCUUGAAAAUGUAGGGGGUAAUAGGACUGUAGAUGUGUGAGUUGGGAGUUGCUGGUGUUAGGAGCCUCUGUCGCAGCAAAGAGCGAGCUCUGGUUCUUCAGGGACCAGGCAGGCGAGGAUGCUGUGAGGAAGGGCAGAGGCUGUUUGCUGUGGUAGUAGUAUGUGCUUUUUGGAUGUGUCUGUAAUCAUUUCCUCCAGAGGCUGAAGCUGUCUAUGUGCUCUUCUCCGAAGGGCACUGUGUGUUUUGCUGACUGCACUUCUACCCUGCCCCUGCAGUCUGCUGUUAGUGGAGACCUGGGGAUCUCGGCUUUGCCUCUGAACAGAGAUGAGGCAGAGCCAAAGGUCGAGCGGCAGCGCAGGGAGAGCUGGGUCUGGUCCUGCUACUUCUGCUCUUACUUGUAUUGGGGGUGGUUGCUGGGUGAAGCAUUUGUUCAUCCUAUCCCUCCUCUCCCCAUUGCCCCUAGCUUACUAGGGCAUAUAUCUCUGUAUGGGUGUCUGCUUGGCAAGGCAAUCCUGUUCCUAAAACUAAAUACACUGCUCCUGUAUAGAUGAGAGAAACAACUCUUCUCUCCACUGCCCUCCCCUUACUGAUCGCUGUAGCUCAGGGACUCUGUCUGACUUCUGGCACAGCUGAGAUUUGCUUAGCUCUAAGAAAAAUUAUCUAUGGGGCAUCAGCCUGUCAUUCUGCAUGUCUCAGAUGCCUUCCCUGCCAAAGGGGCAGGUGCAGUCUCCAGACAGGGCAGUCCCAGGAGGGGUUCGGUGCCCUGGGCUUUAGCCCAUGGUGCUGUGCUCCCGAUGCUGAGGAUGGUGGUGGCUAACGGAUUCAGCCUCUAGGACCCUUGGCUGUUGCAGUCCCAAUGUGUUCACACUGUCUCACAGGCGCAGGGGAGUUUGUCAUGCUUGGAUGUGUCUCAUUUGUCUGCCCUGUGCAAUGACUCACAAGGAUGCUUCCUCCCAGAGCAGCCGCUAACUGUUCCCAGAGUCUAUCGUUUCCAAAGUAUUUUUAAUCUUUGUCCUUAUUUAUAUAUGCUAUGUAUGUACUGUUUCAGACUGUUGCCUUUCUGUGUGUUCAUGUGAAAACCCCAUAUUAAAUGCUUUUAUUUUUA